AUGUGUAUAUGCGAUACGGACGCAGCGAAGCUCUCUACUGCGCCCGCAUGCGCCGAGAUCCCACUGCUGUCAACGGAUGACACUGCAGCCCAGUCGCCAGCGACGGCGGCAGCUGCUGCUGCUGCUGCUUCGUCAGGAGAUGGGAACAGCUCACAAGGCGGCAAGCCACCUCCAUCACCGCCAUCCUGCCUGCUCUCGGACAUGGCCUGUCUCAGCUCGUAUGAGAUUGAUGGCUUGCGACGGCUGCUGGUCGAGCUGAACGUUUCCACGACAAUGGUGAGGGCGUGUCCCGAGGAGCUGGGGGAUCCUGGGGAGCUCAUGUCGACCGUGGAGAUUCUGUUGAACGAGUAUGAAAGCCGGUUUCGCGAGGACAAGGCCACUGGACAUUUUAUGCUCAUACCGGCAAUACAAUCUGAGAAUCUGCGUGUGUCGCCCGCACCAAUACCUGACAACAUUGUGGAAAUAGUUGCAGUUGAAACAGAGAUUGUAUGCAAGUCCUCAGCUGCUACUGCAUCUCCAAGAAAGACAGCAGGUAUAUCAUCCCGUGACAACCACAUUGAAGUCUGAAUUUGAAGUGCGAAGAUGCUUCAGCAACCACAUCGUACUUUUCCAUUGCUUUCAUUGUGCUUCUACUGUGCAUGUGUGUAACUUGUGGGGUAUACAUGUGAUGACAUUGUAUGCUGGCGACACGGUCAGAUUUUGUCCAUGCGUGUAACGUACACCUGCAUGUUAUGCAUCGAAAAGGAUCUGCCACUUGCGAUCCUGGGACAAGUAUCAGGUCAGCUUUGUCUUGUGUGGGCUGUACCAGAUUGCUGUUCACUUUUCUAUCUGUUGGAUAUGUGACUUUCUGCAAGUCUCUGGUGUAUGGUGGCCACUUCUUUGCUUGUCACUUUGUAUGAUAUUACAUUCUGUAUUUUCGCUGCUUCCAUGGCGUGGUCUGCAAACUGCAAUCCUUGGGCAAAUGUCAUGUUUGCUAUGUUGUGCUUUGGCCGUCAGCUUGUCUACACGUUGUAGUUGAAUUAUUUUGUUCCACAACUGACUUCCUGAAGUACGGUGGCCACUGCUUUGCAUGGCAUUUUA